GGGAUUGAGGUAGGCCUGAAGCCGGGGGCUAGCGUUGAAGGUGGAAGGGGGGAUGUUAGUGAGUUUACCCAGUGUGGAGUACCUGAGGAGCGGGGAGAGCGGUCCGGAGCCUGAUCCAUUGGUUAAAGGGAAAGAGACUGACGUUCCUGUAGCGCCGUUCACAGCCCAGGGCGCCUCGGCCGGGGAGGUGCUGUAGUGUAUUGUGCUGAUCGCAGCACCGAGGGGCAAACUUAUUUGUAACUGCGCUGCUUAAAGUGGUCGGAAUGUUAACCUGAAAACAUUAGUUGUGAAUUUGAAUCAAUAACAAAUGAUUUUAGGCCACGUCUGACUUUCCUGGAUCACAGAAUAGUUACAGCAUGGAAGGAUUUUUUUUACAUGUUUCACAAAGUUGUUUGAUAUCAUAAAUUAUUCCCUAACCUGCAGGGCAACAUUUUUACAUCCUAUCCAUUCCUGGUAUGCACACUGCAAUCUCACUUUUUUAAAGUGCACCACAUAGGGUGCUUGUACUGUGUGUGCAAAGGGAGCUUGGAGGAGGAGGAUGAGUGGCUGACUUCAUUCAGAUCUGGCGUAGGGAAACCUGGUUACAAAUGCCUGAAAUAAAAGUCACGCCUUUGGGGGCUGGCCAGGAUGUGGGCCGCAGCUGUAUAUUGGUCUCAAUUGGUGGGAAAAAUGUGAUGCUGGAUUGUGGAAUGCACAUGGGAUAUAAUGAUGAUAGACGCUUUCCUGAUUUCUCCUACAUAACUCAGAAUGGAAGACUCACAGAGUUUCUCGACUGUGUCAUUAUCAGUCAUUUUCAUCUGGACCACUGUGGUGCUCUUCCUUACAUGAGUGAGAUGAUUGGUUAUGAUGGCCCUAUUUACAUGACCCAUCCUACAAAAGCCAUUUGUCCAAUCCUUUUAGAGGAUUAUAGGAAGAUUACAGUUGAUAAGAAAGGAGAGACCAACUUCUUUACUUCUCAGAUGAUAAAAGACUGCAUGAAGAAAGUUGUAGCCAUCCACCUCCAUCAGACAGUACAGGUUGACGAUGAACUUGAAAUAAAAGCAUAUUACGCUGGACACGUGCUAGGUGCAGCCAUGGUUCACAUCCGGGUGGGCUCAGAAUCGGUGGUGUAUACCGGUGACUACAACAUGACACCAGAUCGACAUCUAGGAGCUGCUUGGAUUGACAAGUGUCGCCCUGAUUUAUUAAUCUCGGAAUCUACAUAUGCAACAACCAUCAGAGACUCAAAACGAUGCAGAGAAAGAGACUUCCUGAAGAAAGUGCAUGAUGCAAUAGAAAGGGGUGGAAAGGUGCUGAUUCCAGUCUUUGCCCUCGGACGAGCACAGGAACUUUGCAUCCUGCUGGAAACCUUCUGGGAGAGAAUGAACUUGAAGGCACCUAUUUAUUUCUCAACCGGACUGACGGAAAAAGCCAACCAUUAUUAUAAAUUAUUCAUUACAUGGACCAAUCAAAAAAUUAGGAAGACUUUUGUGCAGAGAAACAUGUUUGAGUUCAAACACAUCAAGGCAUUUGAUAGGACAUAUGCUGACAACCCUGGACCAAUGGUUGUGUUUGCUACACCGGGCAUGCUUCAUGCUGGACAGUCCCUGCAGAUUUUCAGGAAGUGGGCAGGCAAUGACAAAAACAUGGUUAUCAUGCCAGGGUACUGUGUGCAAGGAACAGUGGGACAUAAAAUUCUCAGUGGACAACGGAAACUUGAAAUGGAGGGGAGACAAACUCUAGAAGUGAAGAUGCAGGUGGAGUACAUGUCAUUCAGUGCACAUGCUGAUGCAAAAGGCAUCAUGCAGCUCAUUCGUCAAGCAGAGCCACAAAAUGUGCUGUUGGUCCAUGGAGAAGCAAAGAAAAUGGGAUUCCUCAAACAGAAGAUCGAGCAGGAGUUCAGUAUUAAUUGCUACAUGCCAGCCAAUGGAGAGACGUCUACAAUAGUUACCAAUCCCAAUAUUCCUGUGGAUAUUUCUCUCUCUUUGCUCAAGAGGGAUUCAGCUCUUGGCCCACUACCUGAUCCAAAGAAACAGAAACUAAUGCACGGCACCCUGAUUAUAAAGGAUAACAGCCUUCGUCUGGUUUCGCCUGAACAGGCUGUAAAAGAGUUGGGUCUCAGCGAGCAUCAUCUUCGCUACACUUGCAAAGUACAGAUGCAAGAUCAUCACUCCGAACAGGACACCUUAAACCGAAUAUACAAUCAUCUCAAAAACAUCUUGAAAGAUUAUCCUAUUCAGCACCUCCCCGAUGGCUCUGUGAUGGUGGAAUCCAUUCUCAUUAAAAUCAGUGCAAUGUCUGAUGACCAGAGUACUAAGGAUGUGUUGGUUUCAUGGACUUACCAGGAUGAGGAGUUGGGCAGUUACCUGAUAACACUAUUGAAGAAAGGGCUGCCUCAGUCUAUAGCGCUCUGACCUACAGGCUGUGGAAAUAAUGAAGCAAAAUGGCCCAGAAAGAUUACUGUUUUGAUAUUUUUGUAUUUGCUCUGUUUAUAAAAAAAAAUCACGCACAGCAAGAUCCAAUGAGAUAUGUUAAAUAUGAUGUGGCGGUUGGAGGUAUUAUUGACAAAUGCAUAACCUGUAGAUUACAAGUAACCCUCAUGUUGCAGCAGUUCAGGAAAUGGAAAUUUGCCCUUACAGAAUCCACAAGUCACGCAGAGUUUGCUCUCACAGAUUUUAUGUGGAAUAUAAACAAAUAAAUAAGCACAGUUUUUUUCUUCUUGAUGCAUGUGCAGAUGAUGAGGCUUUGUGUUAUGGAAAAUCAGGAUAUGGAUGGUUUUCUAGAAAUGCAAGUCCCCCUCCCCCCACCCCACCCCGUAACAUGGGAUUCGCCUGUUGUGUGCUGGGUUGGGAAUUCAGGAGAGCUCUGUCUCAUAGUCUGACUUGUUUCAGUUUGCUGUUUUUACCAAAAUGUGUUUGUAAAAUAAAAUUUAAAAGUAUG